AUGAGUACUCUAGCAACACAAUUUGUAACAAUUGUGGCAUUGCUUCUUGUGUUGCUAAUCAAAAUUGAUGGAGAUUCAAUUUCACCAAUUCUAAAUGAUGAAGUGAACAAAAAUUCCACCACCAAGAUUGUUGUUGUGGAAGUUGGUGUGGAUCAAAUAGACCCAGUUGAUUGCACUAAUAGACCAGAGAUAUGUAGCAAUGGAGAAUUUCCACCAAGAAGUGUAUGUUGUAGAAACCGGUGUGUGGAUCUUACAAGCGAUAUAAAUAAUUGUGGGUUUUGUGGGGUUAGUUGUCCUUUAAAUAAUUGGCGUUGUUGUAAUCGUGUGUGUGUAAACACAAACUUAAGCCCUUUGAAUUGUGGUGGAUGUGGUAAUACAUGUCCUGUUGGAAGGUUAUGCUUACUUGGUACAUGUACUUUUAUGCCACCGGCACCGAAGCAGCCGACACCGGAGCAGACGGCACAACCACCACUUCUCCUUCCAGGGUUGCCGGAACAAAAAUCAUUAAAGAUGCCCAAUUUUCGGUCUGAUCAAUAUUCUAAACAACCAAGUCCAAUAAGACCAAUGGAGUAA